AUUCCUCAUACACCGCGCUUGACUACCAGAGGUGGCAGCAGUGUGCUCUAUGUCGAGUAGUUGUAAAAGGAGAAGAAGAAAGAGGCUAAAACUUUUACCAAGCUUUCUUACAGUUUUUGAAAUAUUAUCAUUUCUCCUUUUUAGUAACCAGCUGGCACCCAUUCUCUAAGGAUAAAAGAAGCGUGGGUUGUGAAAAGGAAGACAAUUGUUAGAGGCUGGUAAAUGUUGUCGGGAAUGAUCGGCAGCAGUGACAAGUUGUGGCCUCAUCAGUAGCUGUCACCACGGCGGGGGACCUUCGCACCUCCGUCUGUAGGGUGGUCAUCUUCCUCCAAAAGGACAUGUCUGGAGACAGCUGCCUGCCCCUCCACCACACCCAGUCCAUCUGCACUGCCACUCCUGUAGUCUGUCCCAAGACCAGGACCUGCUGUCAUAAAGGAGCAGUCAACAAGUAUGUCCAGAUCAAUGUUGGCGGGACCCUGUUUUACACCACACUGCAAAUUCUGACCAGCCAGGACUCUGUUCUAAAAGCCAUGUUCAGUGGAAAGAAGGAAGUGUUCACGGAUAAACAAGGUUGGAUCCUGAUUGAUCGCAGUGGAAAGCACUUUGGUAGCAUCCUCUCCUACCUACGUGACGGCACUGUCAUCUUACCUAAAGGCUCCCAGGCGGUCAAGGAGCUGCUCUUUGAAGCCAAGUAUUACCUCAUUGAAGGCCUGGUGGAGCUCUGUCAGAACACCCUGCAGGACAAUAAUGAGCAGCCUCUGUGUGUCAUACCAGUGGUCACCUCCAGAAAGGAAGAAGACAAGCUUAUUCAGUCUUCAAAGAAGCCAGGGGUGAAGCUGUUGUACAACAGGAGCAACAACAAAUACUCCUACACCAGUAACUCAGACGACAACCUGCUGAAGAACAUCGAGCUGUUCGACAGGCUGUCACUCAGCUUCAACGGCCGCGUCCUCUUCAUCAGAGACGUGAUAGGAGACGAGAUCUGCUGCUGGUCCUUCUACGGACAGGGACGUAAACUGGCCGAGGUGUGCUGCACCUCCAUCUUCUACGCCACAGAGAAGAAACAAACUAAGGUGGAGUUUCCUGAAGCUCGAAUCUACGAAGAGACUCUGAACACGCUGCUGUACGAGACGAUGCCGCCGCCCGACAAGGCCCUGCUGGAGGCCACUCGCCGCAGCUAUAACAACUGUGGCUCCCUCAGCGAGGAGGAGGAGGGGCCCGGAGGAGCCGAGCUCCGUGAGCGUGUCCGUCGAAUUCACGUCAAGAGGUACAGUACAUACGAUGACCGGCAGCUGGGACACUGAGACUGAAAAAGCUGAACUGCCAGGUCGGGUUUUUGGAUUUCACAAAAACCUUGAGUAUUAUUAUAACAAGUGUCUGUUUGACUUUUAUACCUUUGUGCCGUUACCACUACUAUCAUUAUGAUUUGAUGAUGUGAUUUUUUUUUUAUUUCAUUGUGCACAAUUCAAUCACCAGUAGAUUGUCCGUCAUAUCAGUUUAUUUAACAUGAUUCCACAGAGUUACAGGCACCAGGGACACGUGAAUAUUUUCAACUAUGAAUUAUUUUAUAAAAAAUGUUCAUCAAAUGAUAACAAUGAUUAUCCAUUAACCACAUACAGUGUAUAUUCAGUUGACUGUCAUACAUGAACUAAAAACAUACACACACACAUAUAUAUAUAUAUAUAUAUACAUUAAAAAGCUUGAAUAUUAUCAGUAUUUAAUUAAAAAAUCGUUUUCAUAAAUUGUAUUUUAUAGAAUAGUAAUCUAUUGAAUCUAUUGAAAUGGCACUAAGAUUUUAAAGGAAUAUGUUGCAUUUCAGUAUAUCAAAAGUAUUUUUUUUUCUUCUCUAUUUAACAACUAUCUCUCGUUAUAACCCCUGCGUCAUAAUACAACAUUUUUAGCCUUAACCAAUCAACACACAGUAACGACGACGAGGUCAGGUGGACGUCCUUGAUCUCAUCCUACGCUGCACAGAGAGACACAGACCAUUCUUUUGAUUUUUUUUUUGUCCACUGUAGUAUAAAUAUACUAAAAUAAAUGUUUCACAGAC